GGCGCGCGGUCCCCCCGGCACUCGGGGCUCGGCUCCGGGCGAGCGGGGCGAAACCCUCGCCGGGCCGCGUCGCGAUGUUCCCGCUGUGGAGGGCCGUUGUCUCCGAGAGCCUCCUGGGCUACAUUUCUUGGUCUCUUUACCAUGCACUACCACCAAUGAUCUAUUACUUCCCUCUUCAGACAUUGGCACUCACGGGUCUAGAAGUCUUUGCUGUUGCCUUCUUUUCUCCAAUAUUCUUGAUAAUUGGCCCUUUUUGGAGGUUUGCUAACAAUAAGUACAUCCUAGCCCUUCUGAGACUGACUAUGGUUGGAAGCUUAGCAUCAUACCAGGCACCAAAUGCUUCAAUCAGACUAUUCAUCUUGGCUGCAGGUGUUUCUUCCUCGUUGCUGGUUCAAACAGUAACAUGGUGGUCAGGAAACAGUUUACAAAGGUUCAUCAGGAUAUGGGGCUUCAUGCUAGGCAAGAUAAUGCUCCUUGUUCUUCGCAUCUGGUAUACAUCACUAAACCCAGCCUGGAGCUCACAAGCUGCCAAUACUGUCAUACUGACUAUUGGUUUUAUAGUAUCAGUGGAGCGAAUUUAUUCAGGUGGAGACAAGAGGAAAGAAGAAGCAAACAAACCUGGUAAUGCAGUUAGAGAGACUGUUUCCCACCCUCACUGGUUUUUGUCAGGGAUUGCUUUUGGCAGCCUCAUGUUUCUCACCCUGUGGAUAUUUGGGGAAGUCUCAUUAGUUUCUAGAUGGGCAGUAAGUGGACAUCCACAUACAGGUCCAGAUCCUAAUCCUUAUGGCGGUACAAUUCUCUUGGGCCUGGCUCAUGGACUGAUGCUUUCAUUUUGGAGCUGGUCUUCUAUUACGCGUUUUGCCUGGUUUCUUGUAGGCUUGGCAUCUUCAGCUGGUCUCCUUUAUUUACACACCUGGAGUGCUGCUGUAGCAGGCAGCUUUCUUGCUGUCUUUACUAUGUGUGUGUGGCCUCAACUGACUGGACACUUUGUUAGCUGUCUGCAUCCUGGGAAAGCCAUGAGUACAGCCAUGUUUGCCUAUGUUCUUGAGUUAUUCUUCUGUGUAUGGUGUACAGCAUAUAAAUUUGUCCCUGGAGGAAUUUAUGCUAGAGAAAGCUCUCAUCUUCUCUUAGGGUUUAUAAUGUUAUGUAUUGGGGUAGACUUUCUAACAGGACCCAAGAAAGACCUUAGCUCUGUCUUUGAAGUGAAAAACAAUCAAAAGCCACUACUCAAAAAGAGUAAAAACUAUAUUAAACUAUUAUUGUGGCUGUUUGUUGGUGUUGGUAUGCUAGGAUUGGGUCUACGUUAUAAAACUUACCAGAGGAAGUUGGGCCAAGGGGUUCCAAAAAGAGACUUCUCUGCUAUGAUCUGGCCUUUUAGAUUUGCAUAUGACAAUGAAGGAUGGUCUAAUUUGGAAGGAUCAGCUAAUUUGCUUAAUCAGACAGAUGCAGAUUUUAUCACUAUUAUAGAGAGUGAUGCCUCUAAACCAUUCAUUGGGAACAACGAUCCAACAAUGUGGCUAGGAGAAAGACUAGGGUUUUACACAGAUUUUGGUCCAAGCACAAGAGAUCACACUUGGGGGAUUAUGGUGCUAUCAAGGUAUCCAAUUGUAAAAUCUACCCAUCACCUCCUUCCGUCUCCAGAGGGAGAGAUUGCACCUGCCAUCUCCAUGACUGUCAACUUCACAGGGAAACUGGUUGAUUUUGUUGUUGCCCACUUUGGAAAUGAAGAAGAGGACUUGGACAGAAAACUCCAGGCUAUAGCUGUUUCAAAUUUAUUGAAGACUAGCUCUAAGCAAGUUGUAUUUCUAGGAUACAUCACUUCAGCUCCUGGGUCCAGAGAUUAUACCAGAUUAAUAGAAGAUGGAAAUGUCCAGGAUAUUGACAGUACUGAUCAUGACAGAUGGUGUAGUUAUAUUAUGUAUCGCGGAGUAAUAAGGUUGGGCUAUGCCCGCAUAUCUCAUGCUGGUUUAAGUGAUUCAGAAGUCCAGAUGGCCAAAUUUAGGAUCCCAGAUCACGUGGAUAGCUAUGUUGACAAUGACAGAAUUGUCACUGAUCCCAGCCAAGUUCCUGAGGACAUCCAUUUCAAUCCCAGGUUUGGAUCUUAUAAAGAUGGACAUAAUUAUGAACCUAUUCAUCACUUUCAUAUGAGCACUCCUAAAUAUUUUAAACAGACAAAUUAAAAUGAGAAAAUCACUGGGACCAACAAGAAAGAUCAGUUGAAGUUUCUGGGAAUAUACAGGAAGAGACAGCAGUACAUCGGGAGCCUACCAGUGUCUGUCUCAGAAUAAGAAAGAAGGACUCUAGGUAACAUAUAAGAGAGCAACUUCUGAGAGUAAUUGUACUGGAUUCUUCAGUAGGGUGGAGACUCAAGUCUCCUCUUACAUAUAUUCCUGUUUUGGGGCCUUGACUCAGGCAUUUCUGUGUGUAUUGCAAGCUUAGCUUCAGGAGCACUACCUCCAGUGUUGUCACAGAGCACUCAAACCUGGGAGCUGCAGUUCAAACCUCUUGGGCUAAGAAGGACCUGAAAUUGUUAUUUCCCAUUUUCAGAAAGGGUGUUGCAGCUACAAACUUACUAAACAAAAGUUGGGCAUACCCUUUGGUUUUGAAUUGGAGUUGAUGUUACUGAAACAAGUUGGAUGCUGUUUAAGUGUGCAGGUGACCAGCUCCCACCUGUCUCACUGAAACAGAACACCAAAAAUGUUCAGAGUCCUUUACUGACCAUGAGGGAGCUUCUUGGCCCCCGUCAAAGGUGCUGGUUCUUUUGAUGCACCUCUAGAGUUCAGGCAGAAAUUCUGAGCUGCUCUCUUAAGUUUGGCUGCUUAGAGCUUCCUAAUUAUGAAUUAAGCAGAUUUAAAAAAAAAAAAAAUAAUUCAAUUUGAAACUAAGAAAAAAAAAAUCAAAUCUAAGGUUUAAAUAUGAGUUACCAACAGCCCUGAAACAUGUUUUUUCUCAUGGAUGUAAAAUUACAUUUGUUUACAGGGUGUUACAAAAGGACCUUUGGGGUCAAAAUCAUAUAUCUGUGGAGCAAGUGUAACAGAACAAACCUUUUUUACUUCAACAAGGAGCAUAGUAUGAGUCCAUGAGACAGGGCAAUUAAAAUGAGCUGAAUUGUUUCAUGAGGAGUGGUUUGAAAGUUCUAUAAUCUGCAGCUGCUACUUUCUGCCACCUGAGGUCCUCUUUUAUCCCCCAUCAGUACUGUUCUGCUGCUACCACACAAGAAUAAUGCACAGUUGAGAUGUUCCAUUGUAACUCUGAGGGUGAAAAAUCUUUUCAGAAGGAUUACAUUCAGCUGUUUGUAUUUCCUCGGAUAUCAGUUACUUUUUCAUAUCUGCAAAUUAUUCAGAACUGUGACUGCUGGGCUUCUGGCAGACAAUUUGUUUCUUUUCUUACAAUGCCCUGUACUGUGUUUUUUGCAGCUUUAUCUGUGAAUGUUUGGAAAAUUCUGUUUUCCUAAUGUUUUUAUUCUCUUCCCCCUCUGACUUGUAAAACACAUAAUGUCUUGUGAUUCUGUUGCCCAAAAUUAACUUUCAAUAUUAUUUCUAAUCAAAGCAAGGUGAGUGAAGGUAUUUGAGAGAUGCUGUGGCUUUAGCAAUUUGGAAUCUGAUACUCUUUGGAAACAGAAGGCAUUAUCUUUCUCAAAGAUGGUGCUACACUAUGUUUCUAAUAGUGAAGAAGAUAAAACUAAGUAAAUGGCUCCUCUUUCUCAUGUUAGUAUUUGAGGAGCUGACUGUCACGUCUUUCACACCAGCUAAGAGUUUAUGGGUCAGGAUUAAAGGGAAGGCAGGGACAGGAGAUGUUAUAGUGGGGGUCUGCUGCAGGCCACCCAACCAGAAAGACACAGCAGAUGAGUCCCUCUAUAGACAGAUAGGAGCAGCCUCACGUUCGCAGGCCCUGGUCCUCAUGGGGGACUUCAGCCACUCUGAUAUCUGUUAGAGGGACAACACAGCAUGGCACAAGCAAUCCAGGAGGUUCCUGGAAUGCCUUGAUGAUAACCUCCUUCUUGAAGUGAUAGAGGAGCCAAUGGGAAGAAGUGCUAUGCUGGACCUUGUUCUCACCAACACAGAGGGGCUGUGAAGCUCAGGGGCAGCCUUGCCUGCAGUGACCAUGAAAUGGUGGAGCUCAAGGUCUUUAAGGCAGUGAGGAAGGUGCACAUCAAACUCACUACCCUGGAAUUCAGGAGAGCAGACUUUGGUCUCUUCGGUGAUCUACUUGGUAGACUAGCAUGGGAUAAAGCCCUGGAGGGAAGAGGGGGCCAAGAAAGCUGGUUAAUA